AUGGAAUUUGGUGUUUAUGCCCUCAGGCAUGUCUUCCGUGGCCGUCAGAGUUCUGAUGUCCCCGAUGAUUCUUGCCUCAGUCCUGCUGUAGACGUGGUGACACUAUCAGUAAGAGUCAAUGGUGGAGAGCCCAAGGCUAAUGCUGGCCUGACAUGUACAAUUCCCAUCUUGACACCCACAACAACCUAUGACGCCGGUCCAGGCACAUCACUCUGUAUCAUGAUAACAACCACUCUGAUCCAUUCACGUAGUGCUCAGAGGGGCUGCCUCUCCCAACACCAAGCAGAGAGUCCACUACACCGGCAGAGCAAGCUCUUCAGGUAUCAAACUAACUCACUUGGGAGAGUGGAGGAGCUCUCGACAUUAAAGGAUCACAUUCUGGCUGCUGAUCAAGCAGUACAAGUGGUAGUAGAACACGAUGAAAUGUUGGCUCAUUUGCCUGCAUUGGUUGCUGACACUCAGCGUGCUGGCGCUGAAGGCAUGACUACAGAUGCUCUAGACCAGGUGGGGGACUUAGAUUCCAUUGAAAGGGUAAUUGUGGCGAAUCUCGAGGAAGAGGAUCGUGCAGAUCAACAGAUGACUGCGGAUGCUCUAGACCGGACAGAGGACUUAGAUCUUGUUGAAAGGUUCAAAAUCCUAACCCUCUUCCUCCAGACUGCGGAUGCUUGGGGCCUAGCAAAGGACUUUGAUUCUACUGAAAGGAUAUUCUCAUCUUCGCCUAUUUGGCUCGAUGCCACUUCGUUGAAGAACUGGAUGGACCCUUUGCAUGCAUACUCAGUAGUAGAGGUUUCUGCAGAUGUGGAUGAUGAACUUGUGUUGACCGUGUUCAUGAUGCAGGUCGAGGAGCAGCCCCAUCAAUGCCAAAAGCUCGGGUACGCAGUCUGCCAGCUUCGUGGUGACCUUGUGGCCCGCUUUUGA